CAUUCGUUUCCGGUGUCGCUGUCUCUCCUGACCCCGGCUCCGGCAGAGCUUCUCCUGAAGACACAACACUGCUCUUCAUUUCUGAAACGUGCCAGGGUGUCCCCCCUCUCCAUGUGUGGUGCCUAAUGGGCGGCUGGUCUCGCAGUGCUGUGCUGGAGCUGUACCGGGCGCUGCUCCGCGCAGGCCGUCACCUUCAGCACACCGACCGGAACUACUAUCGCCGCGCUGUGGCCCGUGAGUUUCGCCGCUGCCAGGCCCUGACAGUACCCGAGGAUAAGGAGGACGCACUGAAGAGGGGCCAGUUCUUCCUCAGCAGCCGAUUGGGUGGGCUUAUGUAGGUGGAAGGGGUGAGAGGUCAUCCGUGGGUGGGUUUAAAGGUCGUCUGGAGGUUCAUCUCCCAGGAUGGCGGGGGUGAAUGGAGACCGUAAAGGGAAGAAAGAUGACAACGGGAUUGGCACAGCCAUUGAUUUUAUGCUUUCCAAUGCUAAGCUUGUGCUUGGGGUGGGAGGAGCCGCAAUGCUUGGCAUUGCAACACUCGCUGUCAAAAGAAUGUAUGACCGUGCCAUAAGUGCUCCCACCAGCCCCACCAAGAUGGAGCAGACAGGAAAGAGAAGCUGGGAAGAGCCAGCCUGGAUGGGUUCGUCACCACGGGUACUGAACCAUGGCAUGAAGUCCACGGUUAGCAGGUCACUACAGUCUCUGCCCACUACGUCACAUGCUUUUGAACCAGACUGUCUGCGGAGGGCUGUGGGUCGAGCUGCUGUGGGAGGCAGCGAUGCCACUCAGUCCGAUCUGCUGCGGGCCCGGAUGCGCUUGUCUCUGCAGGAACAUCUGUGGGAGUUCUACCAGAAUAAUGUGAACAUUCCCACCGAGGAGCAGACUACGGCCAGGAGGGCGGCCCUGGACAUUUGUGCAGAGCUCAGAGUGUUUCUUCACGCCAAACUGCCUGACAUGCCGCUCAGAGAAAUGUACCUUAGUGGAAGUCUGUAUGACGACCUGCAGGUGGUCACAGCAGACCACGCCCAGCUUAUGGUGCCUCUGAUCUUGGAGAAAAACCUGUGGUCGUUCAUCCCUGGAGAGGACACCAUCAUGAACGUCCCAGGUUUCUGGCUUGUCCGCAGGGAGAACUUGGAAUAUUUCCCACGAAAUAGCAGCUACUGGGACCGCUGCAUGGUUGGAGGUUACCUGUCUCCUAAAUCACUCCUCGAGGUCUUUGACAAGCUUGUGGCUGGCUCCAUCAACUGGCCAGCUAUAGGAAGUGUGCUUGACUAUGUCAUCCGUCCCGUGGUUCCGUCAGAAACACUGACCCUGGAGGUACAGUACGAGACAGACAGGAAGCUCUAUGUGGACUUCUUACCUUUACUCGUGAUGGAAGACGGAACCUCACUAAUAGCUAAACCACAUCGGCUUGCUGCAGAGCGCCAUGAAAACCUGUGGCGGCAGAGCUUCCGUGUGCCAGAGACAGCGCGGCUCAGGGCUCUGGAUCAGGAGGAUGGAGGCUGCCGAUGCACCUGCCUGAAGGUGGCAAAGGCGAUGUGCAAGCUUAACCCUGCACUCAACCGUCUAAACGCCAGCCAGCUCACCAACGCCAUCUUGUUGUUGAGUGAAAAAGAAGGCGACUGGACCAUGGAAGCAUUGGCCGACCGCUUCCUCCAGCUGCUACGAGCGUUAGUGGGACACCUAGAGGCCGGGAGGCUUCCGUGUGCCCUCAACCCUAAAGUUAACUUAUUCUGUGAGCUGACGGAACAGGAAGUGGAUGAGAUGGGGUAUACUCUCUACUGUGCUCUCUCAGAUCCUGAGGACCUGCUGAGAACUGCUGUGGCACAGCCACCCUAUCCCUGACUCACUAGUCAACUGUCAAAUGUCAGCCGUACAAAUUUGUGGGCAAUGGUGACCUCAAGCCAAAAAGAGUUUCCUGGAAAAACCAUCUGCAUGGAAUCAACCUUUCUCCUUAAACCCACACUCUCUUUAAUUUCUGAAUGUUUUAAAGCCCUCUUCUCCAUCACCUGUGAGAACACGUGAUUCAUCCAAUGAUCACAUGUGGUGUGAUCAUCCAAAUAUUUUAAUCUCAGAAAAAAAUUAAGGGUCUCUGGAGUUCAUGGCUCUCAGCAAAGCAAAGUAUUAAUAACGCAAAGAGUAGGCACGCUGUCAGGGCCUCACACUCUGGGAUGGAGGGACUGACCCCUGGAUUGAUUGAUUCAUAGGAAAUAAUCUCAUAUUUGACUUUUUUUUUUUUUAUUGGUUAGAGUCACUGUGGUAAUCGUGUUGAUGGGUCCGUGCCACUGUGACAAGGGGAAGAAUAUAAUGUUGAUUGUGUAUGACAUCCCAAAAGCUAAUAAAGUGUCGAUCAGCCUGAAGGACUCAACAUUCUUGGGUUAAAGGUUUCGUGCCCCUUUGGACAUCAGAUGUGUUAAACACUGAAACAUCUUCAUUAAUACAGUGGCCACACUGAUGCUCGACGUGUUUCCAGGGAUAAGUGAAAACAAACAUUAGGCUGUUUUGAAUGUCUGCAGCUCGCAUGUGUUUGCUUCCUUAUAUAGAAAUCAAACGGGUGAAUACGUGACUAUUUCUAACAUUUCUAACUCAACAAUAAUCUGAUGUAAAACUGAAUCUACUUCCACAAAUGAUACAUAAGCACUGAAAGAAGUAAACAGUUUCCGGUCAUGUUGCUCAUUCAUGAAAAUUGAACAGAAAUCAGCAUCAUGUUGUCGGCGUCAUGUGACUGUAAAACAGAGCUGCUCUUUGUUUGUCAUGGUGAAAAGUUGGGUUUCUCUCCCAGUCUCACAUUUGUUGCCUGGGUGCACAGGUCUCAGGCUUUAUUAGCUUAUUAUUUUUUAUGGCCACCAUCACAGGUUAUUUUGCACUGUCCAAUUGUUCUGGAGUUGGUCUGAGUUGUUUCAAGUGCUGUUGUCAACUGGUUUUUGCUUUAAUUGAUUUUCAGUUCAGAUCGUCUUUGGUGGAGAUGAUUUAGACCUUUCAGUGUUGCACACUCUUGACCGUUAACACACUGCUGUCGUCAGCCUGCAGGAGAAGAGUUUGUGUGUUUGUCAUUUGGUCAAUUUGCCUCAGUAUUGACUGUAUCUGGAGAGCCUGUGUUUGUGCUCAUACCUGUGCACAUUAAACCCUGAUUAAGUCUUGUGUGUAUACUGACCUGGCCCCACGUGUUGCAGUAGGUAGCCAGACGUGGAUUAGUGCAGUACGAGGCUGUUUCACACGGCUAAAAAAAAAAGCACAAGUACUGUUUGUCUGCUGUAGCUACAACACAUGAUGCACAGCAGCUGUAUCCACCUCUGAUUAUCCCCAGACUGCUUCUCUCCAUCAGGUCGAUGUGAAUAGUUAUAGGUGCUAAUCUCGAAUAUCAUCUGAUCGAGGACCAACUCACAGAUCAGUUAUAUAACAAACUCUCGGAGCCAAGGUUUCUGAUGUUGGAUUAGCCCGGUUCUUCCCUGCAGGAGACAGCGGGUGGAGUGAACACAAAGUUCUGCCCCAGGGACAUGUGGAGUUUAUCGCUUUGCUCUCUACAUUAGUGCUCAAAAUAAUCACACGGCUGCUUUUUGUUCUCACUCUUAGCCUUAGAAUACAUCAAAUAUAAAUGCAGCGAUAUGGAGCAAUUGUCCCUGGAUCCCUCAGUUUGUAUAAAGUGGAGGGAUUUGGGUUGUUAAUAGUUCUGUUGUGCAUUCAGUUAAAAUACUUAAUAAUGGGGGAAUAGGUGAAUAUUUUUAUAUCCAUUGUACAUUUCUAACCAAAAACAUUAUUUAUUAGCACUGAUUCAAUUCUACAUGUAUCACUUGUGCUUGGUUCCAUGCUUUGUUCUGGAUGUACGGAUAUAUCAUGAAUCCACAGUAGCUCUUCUUUGUGUGCAUAUUAAGCGUCUUCCUCUGCAGACCUAGUUUAUGCUACAAAUUACUACUGUACUUAUGUGAGGGGAGUCACUGUGCCACAUGUGUAAUGUUAUUGUAAAACAAAUAAAAAACCCAAAGUAGACGACUACCUCUACCUUGUGGAGUACAUACUAGCCAUA